AUUAAUGGAAAAUGGAUUUGGUCAUAACAGAGGCAAACAGAUAAGUUAUGGCCGUAAUGCCCUUUGACUUUAUCUCUUCCGGCCAUCUCAAGUGUGUCCUCUUCCACCGAACGUUGUUUCCCUUAAUUAGUUUUUCACCGUCGUUGAUUGUUAGGCUUCCCGCUCUUUGUUAUUCAGCAACCCCACAAACAACCCCUGCGUCGAUUAUACUUAUCGCAACUUUGGAUUUACAUGAAACGGAAAUCCCUUCAAAUUUCAAGGAAUUAUGUAGCAGGAAUAAGAAAAAGAUAAAAAGAAGAACAAGAUAGAAGAGAAAAAGAAAGCAAAGUAGGAGAAGACAAAAGGCUAACGGAAGAAAGAAGAGGAGAUGCAGUGAAGUCCUAAGGUAAUUAGGGUUAAUAGAAGUGAAUAGAUGCGGACUGGGAAAAUAAAGGUAAAAAAUAAACGGUUGAUCUUUGCCAUUUCACCUUUUUAACGGAAGAGUUAAAUUUGUACUCAAUUAAUAUAGAAAAACCAAGUUUAACCAAGCAUAUUUCACCUCUUCAUCACAUAAACCCUGGUCCAGUGUGAUUGUGGAUUUGUGGUAGCUAGUCAUCACAAUCCUCAAGCUUAAACCCUGUCUUAGCACACCUGCAGAGCGCGAAGUCUGCGAGUUUCGAUGGGUAAGCACGGGAAGAAGCAAAACAACCAUCGUAGAGGAGCAAGGAACACUCCCUAUCUCGGAGAAGACGGAGAAGCAGGUGAGCAAUACCCACCCGCUCAAGAACGCCGCGAGCUCCAAGAAGAAGAAGAAGACGACGACGACAAUGAGAUUGAUGGCGAUUCAUCAGCAUCAACCAACGAUAUACCUUCAAAAUUCAUGCUUUAUCAGCAAUCUGUUCAGUCUCCUAAAGGGGACAUAAGCUAUCUGCAGAAAUUCUUUUUGAUGUACGUAGGAGGAAGGGUCCCUCUCCAUCUACAGGAAGAUUUCUGCGGUACUGCUCUUUUGAGUGCGGAGUGGCUUCGCAGCGAUGCAAGAAGAACAGCCGUUGGAUUAGAUAUGGACAUAGAGGCACUUGAUUGGUGCAUAGAAAACAACUUAAACAAAACUGGAACUGAUGUCUCAUCCAGAGCAUUUCUUUUUCACGGCAAUGUCUUGAGACCCCUUGACGCCAAACGGAUUAUGGUCAGCACUCAGGAUGGAGCACAUGGUUUUCUUGAACUUAAACUAACAGAUUCUCAGUUGCCCGACAGAGAUAUAGUGUGUGCAUUUAACUAUAGCUGUUGCUGUCUUCAUACCCGCCAAGAAUUGAUCAAGUAUUUCAGGCACGUGUUCACUGUGUUGAGUAAGAAAGGCGGGAUUUUUGUGAUGGAUCUUUAUGGAGGAACAUCAUCAGAGUGUGAACUGCGUAUGCAGAGGAAAUUUCCCCAAUUCACGUAUGUUUGGGAGCAAACCGAAUUUGACAUCAUAAAGAGGAAAACAAGAAUCAGCCUUCAUUUCAAUCUGCAAAAGCCACAAAGGAAACUACGUCAUGCCUUUUCCUACAGCUGGAGACUAUGGUCACUGCCUGAAGUAAGAGAUUGUUUGGAAGAGGCUGGGUUUGGUGCUAUUCACUUUUGGAUGCGACAGAUGCCAAAUAGUGAAGAGAUCAAAAGCACGUAUGGAUUUUCUGCAGGUCAAGACAUAAAAUACGAGGAGGUCACAAGCUUUCAACAGCAGGAUUCAUGGAAUGCAUACAUCGUAGCUGUUGCAUCAACUCGUUAAUAAAAUUUAAUCUUAUGAACUAAAGCUUACACUUAAGAUUUCUUGGCUGCAAAGAACUUUCAUAAGAUUUGCUACCAUAGGAUCAAGCUUGCUGUGUAUGGCUGCAACUCCAAGUUGCCUAAGGGCAAGCCCUCCAUGUCUAACUUCUAUUCCAUCAGCCUGGAGAGCAAAAUAAACAACACCCUGAGCAUAAAACAGCUUGGAUGUGUCUAAUAAUAUGGCCUUUUGAACGUGCAAGCGGGAGGGGUGCUACAACACUGAGCUUCAUGAUUUAAAAAUGUCUUAAAGUUUGAAAACCGUCUGUGUAUGUGUAUAUAUUUAUGUGUGUAUGCACAAAAUUCUGAAGUCUACUUUGGUAUUUUUAAUAUUUUAAAGUGCAUUCUUGUAUUUUACUUCAUAUGGUAAUAUUUGUCACAUCUAGAUUAAAA